AUGUUGCAAAAGAAGAUACCAAUGUUACCUACAUUAAUCACAGAAAAUAUUGGAUCUCUUAAUCCUGGAGUGGAUCGACUAGCAUUUUCCAUGCUCCUGGAUCUAAAUGUUGAUGGGGAUGUUGUAGACCGUUGGAUUGGUCGCACUGUUAUUCAUUCUUGUUGCAAGCUUUCAUAUGAACAUGCGCAGGACAUCAUUGAUAGUGCUUUCAAUUUUGAGAGUUCAAGCUUUCAUGAAGAUGCCUAUCCUAAAGUUCAUGGCCGUUUUGAUUGGCCGGAUGUUCUUACUUCUUUGAAGAGUCUCUAUGAAAUUUCAAAGGUGUUGAAACACAAGAGAUUUACUAGAGGGGCUCUUCGGCUUGAUAACCCCAAAAUUGUUAUUCUGAUUGAUGAUAAUGGCAUCCCUUAUGAUAUUACAUUUUCUGAACAGAGAGAAUCAAAUUUUCUAAUCGAGGAGUUUAUGCUUUUGGCCAAUACAACAGCUGCUGAAGUAAUAUGUAGAGCUUAUCCUGAAGUUGCACUACUGCGGAGGCAUCCUGAACCUAAUAUGCGGAAGCUCAAAGAGUUGACUGCAUUUUGUCAGAAGCAUGGUUUAAAUUUGGAGACUUCUUCAUCUGGUCAUAUCCAUCGGUCCUUAGAGCAAAUAAAGGAAAAGCUCAAGGAUGACCCUGUGCUUAAUGAUAUACUUAUUUCCUAUGCUACAAAGCCAAUGCAGUUGGCUUCUUACUUCUGUAGUGGUUAUUUAAAGGAUAAUGAGCAUGAGUGGGGUCAUUAUGCACUUGCUGUCCCUUUAUACACUCAUUUUACAUCACCUUUACGUCGAUAUUCAGAUAUUGUUGUCCAUCGGACACUACUUGCUACGAUAGAGGCCGAAAACAUUUAUUUGAAGCAGAUGGGAAAGGAAGUUGGAGGGAAGAAAAGAUGUUUCACAGGCAUCAACUUUGAUAAAAAUGCUGCAGAAUCUGUUGAAUGUAGGGAAGCUUUAUCAGCUGCAGCCUUGAAGCAUAGCGUUCCGAGUGCUAGAAUACUUGCAGAUAUUGCUGAUCAUUGCAACGAGAGGAAGAAAGCUAGUAGAAAUGUUAAGGAUGCCUGUGAUAGACUUUACAUAUGGUUUAUCCUGAAGCAGCAAAAGGUCUUACUAUCAGAAGCAAGAAUAUUGGGACUAGGCCCAAAGUUCAUGUCAAUUUAUAUUCAAAAGCUUGCGGUUGAGAGGCGCAUAUAUUAUGAUGAAGUUGAAGGUUUGACUGCUGAGUGGCUCGAGGCAACAUCCACACUGGUGCUUAGCAUAUCUCCUAAUAAGCGUGUUUUUAGGAGAGGCACCACUAACAAAUGGAGGGCAUUGUCAGAAGCUGUAUUGAUUGCUUGUCCGUAUGACCUGAAAGUUAAAAUAAAUUGUUGUAAUCAAAAUGAAGGGAUGGGAGUGGAUUCUGUUGCAUCUGACAUGAACACUGAAAUUAAUCCUGCAUUUUUUCCACUCACCGUGCAUCCUCUUUCAAUAAUUCCAGUUGCACUUCAUGCUGUUGGUGGUGAUGCUGGGCCUCUUAAUUUUGGAGUGAGGCUUUACAUGAGCUCUUAUUUUGAUUAA